AUGUGCUUCAUGGAAAGCCCUGCCCCCGUGUACUUUUCCAAAUGCAAGCAUACUAUCGAUAUCCCUAAAGAGCCAACUCCCCGGAUGUGUCCAGUAGCGGAACAGCGGUCACCCCCAUCAUGGUGUCCUGACCCUCCUACACCUACAUCCAAAGGAUCAAGCACAAACCGCCAAUAUCUCUGUCCAGUUCUCAGCCUCGUCAACUUCAAGCCUAUAGACGCGCAGGACCAGUUAGCUAGGGAUGGAGCCCAACCAUCCCUAACCGAAGCUGGAUCAUCAUCACUCCAUGCUCAACCUUCUCCAUUUUCUCAUGAUCCCUAUCUUGGUCUCCCAGUAAUUGGGAAUGGGAUGACUGGGAUUGUUCUUCAGAUGGGGGAAGACCGUGCAGUUAAGAAAGUCAAGCAAUAUCAACCUGGGGACCUCCCAGACCGCGAGGAUGUGGAAUACAUGAACAACGUCAACCAGCAAACUCUAGAGAAUGAGAUCCAGGUCUUUGAACGCCUGGGCAGCCAUAAAGGGAUUAUUCCAUACUUCCAAACAUCCACGUAUGGGAUUGAGUUAGCCCUUGCACAGGGAAAUCUAGAGUCUUAUCUAGAAACAUGUCCCGAGCGGGAGGACCCCCUGAAAAUCCGCUGGAUGUCCAGUCUCAUUGACACUCUUGCACAUGUCCACUCUCGCAACGUAUUUGUGGAUGAUAUUGCCCUUCGCAAUAUUUUAAUUCUAGAUGAGCAGCUUAAACUUGCAGAUUUCGGACAGUCCAUUUUAUUACCACUUGAUAUCGAUAUUACUUCGGUAGAUGAAAAUGACUUGAAUGUUCAGAUUGAGAUCCUUCAUCUUGGUUGGGUGCUCUACUCCAUUUCAUCCUGGCGGGUCCAUAAAUACUAUUUCUUCAGCCCGGAAAACCCUGACCUCUGUUGGCCGGAACCAGAUUCAUUUCCAAAUGUUGAUGAUGUUCUAUGUGGCAAAAUAAUCCAGAAGUGCUGGCGUGGCAAAUAUGCGAGUAUGGAACAUGUAAAAGAAGAGGCUCAUCAAGCGCUCAUUAGCCAAUAAAUUAUUCCGGUGACGA